GAAGAGGGGGAGGAAAGAAAAAAAAAAGAAAAAAAAAAAUCAACCCCAAACAACCAACCCAAGGAAGGAGGAGGAGGAGGAGGAGGGGAAGGAAGGAGGAGGAAAGGGGGAAAAAAAGGCUCAGAGGCAAAGGCGCCGGCAGCACGGAGAGGGUCGGCGGCGGGCAGCCCCCGCGCCAAUAAGCCUGAUUAGGACUCGGCGUGUGUGGAUUAAAACCUUUGGGAAGAAGGAGGGAAGGAAAAAAAAAACCCAAACCGACCUGAACAACCCCGAACCCCCGCAUCAGGACGGUCCUCGGCUUUUGAAAAAGGGAUACAACACUUCUGGAUGCGCCUGGGCUCUUCUAUUGUGACAGAUGCUGAAACCCAUUCCGACGGCCGAAUCAUAGGCGGGCACAGGCGCGGGCCGGCGCAGCCCCCCGCGGGAGGCAGCGGGACCCGCGGCCCCAGCGCGGAGACUGGCGCAUGCCACAGCCCGCCUCGGCCCCGCCGCCGCCGCCUUCCCCCCGCCGCCCGCCGCCUGCCGCUGCCCGCCGCUGCCGCCGCCGCGUCUCGGCUCCCGGCCCCUUCAUGCGCGGCGGACGACAUGCCCGUUUUGUAGCCGGGAGCCCCUCCUCUCGUCCCGCAUGUUCAGGACCAAACGCUCGGUGCUCGUUCGGCGGCUUUGGCGGAGCCGUGCGCCCGGCGGCGAGGAAGAGGAGGAGGAGGCGGCGGCGGGAGGGGGUGAACCCGGAGCGGCGGCGGCGGCGGCCGAGGCCCGGGCGCAUGUUUGCGGCGGGGGACGUGGGUGCUGCCCCGGUAAAACGGGCCGCGGUGGCCGGGCUUCCGCGGGCGCGGAGGCGGAACUGAAGGCGCUCACCCACGCUGUGCUGAAGCGGUUGAAGGAGCGGCAGCUGGAGGGCUUGCUGCACGCCGUGGAGUCCCGCGGCGGGGCUCGGACCCCCUGCCUGCUGCUACCCGCCAAGGCCGACUCCCGCUUGGGUCAACACUGGUACCCGUUGCCGGUGUUGCUGUGCAAGGUAUUCCGCUGGCCCGAUCUCCGCCACUGCUCCGAAGUGAAGCGGUUAUGUUGCUGUGAAUCCUACGGCAAGGCUCACCCCGAGCUGGUCUGCUGCAACCCGCACCACCUCAGCCGGCUCUGCGAGCUCGAGUCUCCCCCUCCACCCUACUCCAGAUAUCCGAUGGAUUUUCUCAAACCAACUGCAGAUUGUCCAGACUCUGUGCCUUCCUCCACUGAAACAGGGGGAACUAAUUAUCUAGCCCCUGGGGGGCUUUCAGAUUCCCAAGUUCUUCAGGAGCCGGGGGAUCGGUCACACUGGUGCGUGGUGGCAUACUGGGAAGAGAAGACGCGCGUGGGUCGUCUGUAUUCUGUCCAAGAGCCCUCCCUGGAUAUCUUCUAUGAUCUACCUCAGGGGAAUGGUUUCUGCCUCGGACAGCUCAACUCUGACAACAAAAGCCAGCUGGUGCAGAAGGUGCGCAGCAAGAUUGGCUAUGGCAUCCAGCUCACCAAGGAAGUGGACGGCGUGUGGGUGUACAACCGCAGCAGUUACCCCAUCUUCAUCAAGUCGGCCACACUGGACAACCCCGACUCCAGGACGCUGCUGGUCCACAAAGUGUUCCCAGGCUUCUCCAUCAAGGCUUUUGACUACGAGAAGGCAUACAGCUUGCAGAGACCCAACGACCACGAGUUCAUGCAGCAGCCGUGGACCGGAUUUACUGUUCAGAUCAGCUUUGUGAAAGGCUGGGGCCAGUGCUACACGAGACAGUUCAUCAGCAGCUGCCCGUGCUGGUUGGAGGUUAUUUUUAAUAACCGAUGACUCGAGGCGGCGUGGACUCAUGACAUUUAUGUACUACUUUGCUGCUAUUAUUUCCUUCUGAGUGCUUUGCUUUUUCAUGCAAUCUCUUUUUUUUUUCCUUUUUUUUCUUUCCUUCCACCUCUUUUUUCCUCCUUUUUUUUCCACCUC